UUUCCGGAAGUUGCUUUCGGAGGUGGCGCGCGGGUCGGUGUGGUCUUUGUGAGCUUCCGCCAUGGCGUACCGUGGCCAGGGCCAGAAAGUGCAGAAGGUGAUGGUGCAGCCCAUCAACCUCAUCUUCAGAUACUUACAAAAUAGAUCCCGGAUUCAGGUGUGGCUCUAUGAGCAAGUGAAUAUGCGGAUAGAGGGCUGUAUCAUUGGUUUUGAUGAGUAUAUGAACCUUGUAUUAGAUGAUGCAGAAGAGAUUCAUUCUAAAACGAAGUCAAGAAAACAACUGGGUCGGAUCAUGCUAAAAGGAGAUAAUAUCACUCUGCUACAAAGUGUCUCCAACUAGAAAUGAUCAAUGAAGUGAGAUAUUGUUGAGAUGGCAAUACAGGUCUUUUAGGUGUACUUGUUAGGCUUAUAGUUCUAAAACAUUUGUUCAUAUUGUUUUGAUUACCCUUAUGUUAUUUCAAAAUGACAAUAAAUACUGCGUGAUUGUUUUUAUUAAAAAAUUUAUGUUGCUUCUU